AUGAAGAGAAUAAGAGUUUCUCAAAUUAAAACAAUGGACGAUUAUUUUAGUUCAGUUGGAAAUGUAGGAAAAGUACAAAGAGCUUGUGAAGCACUUGAAAAUAUUCAAACUGAUAUUGACUAUGAAGUUGGUUUACAACAAACCUAUGCUUUAUGGCAAGAAUCAUCAAAACUAGUAAAAGAAAGUUGUUUAGGUGAAGUAAGUGUUAGUGAGUUUUAUUACCUUGUUUUUAAGAACUCAGGAAUCCUUGAUUAUUGUUCAAAAAAGUCAAUUGAUGAAAUGAUUCUUAAAAAAAUGAAAGGAGUUAUAAUCAAUAAUUAUUCCGUUGGAGUUAAGUCAUUAGACAUUGGUGAUAAUGUCAUUGUUAACAUCCAAGUUAAGUUCACUUUUGCACCAAAUUCUAUGGUUAAUGAAUUAAUUUAUCAAUUGUCAGCUGAAUUGGAUUGUACUGGUGAAAUAAUAGAAAGUAAUGUUUCUACUUUUCAUCAAUGGAAGUGUCAGAUUACAAGUAUUUUCUUCAAACAAUUAGAAGAUGUGGAAUGUUUACUACUGCUAUUGAAUAAAAUUAUUCCUUAUUCAUAUGACUACUAUUCAAAUACUAUCCCUCCAUUGGUUUUUGAUCAACAAUUUGAAGAAGAGGAAGACGAAGAUGAUGAAGAUGAAGAUGAUUAUGACGAAGAUGAUUAUUGA